CAAAUUCCUGUGCGAUUUUAUUUCUGCUUUCGGGUGUCGAUUCGCGUACCGUACCUACUGCUACUAAAUUCACAUUUCACCGCGCGCGCGGCCCCCGCCGUCGUUCCUGCAGCAGCUCGGGCGAGACUGCGCAAAAGAGCCAAUGAAUUCGGAGAGAGAACACGUUUUUUGGGUAUAAUUCUCGUCUCGUACUCUCUCGUCGCUGCCCGUCUGUAUAAGUAUAGGCUAUUGCUACUAUACAAGGUUGCGCGACUACGACGCCGGACAAGCCGAGAGAAGCGAGAGCAUUAUUGCCAAGGUGUUGGUGGGCUGCUACUGCUGCUGCUGCUGCUGCUUUACUCGUUUCAAGAGAGCCCGAUAUAACAGUGUGGUGUGCGUGCGUGUGCUUUAAUACAGCGAGCAGAGUAACGCGCGGUGCAUCGACGAUAUAUAAUUUUAUAGUGCUUAAACACUUGUUGGUGCAGAAUUUUCGAGAAACAUGGACGACUGGGAGACUGAGAAAGUCGAGGCGCAAUAUGCCCUGAACGUUAACUCAAACAAAUGGGAAGGAGAGGACGAGGACGACGAAGUUCUGGACAGUUGGGAAAACAUCGAUGAAGAAAAAAAAGAUGUCGAAAAACCAGCUGAGGCUCCUAAGGUCAAGGCAAAACCUAAGAGAACGUUAGCUGAAAAAAUUGAAGAGAAAGAGAGGAAAGCUAGAGAAGAAGCAGAGAGAAAGGCAAAGGAAAGGGAUGAAGCCCUAACACCUGAAGAGAGGAGAGCAGAAAUGCUCAGAAGACAAAAACUCCAAGAAGAAGCCGAUCUCCGACUUGCUAUGGAAACUUUUGGUGUUACCGAUAAUGUAAGUGGUAUUGAUGCUAUGAUGCCUACGAAUGCAGAGGAGUUCAAGGAAUUCGGAGAUGCGCUCAUGAAUAAAAUCAACCAAUUUAACAAACACGCAGACUAUACACUUUUUGCUGAAGAAUUAAUAAAAAAUAUAUCUAUAUCUCUGCCUGCUACUUCUUUAAGAAAAGUGAAAACAAGCGUAGAAAGUCUUCACACAGAGAAAGUAAAAAUGGAGAAAGAAAAACAAAAAGGAAAGAGUAAAAGCAAAUCCAAAGCUAAGUUGAGAUUGGAAGGUGACAGUGACAGAUUCAAUAAUUUUGACACGUAUGAUGAUAAUGAUUACGAUGAUUUCAUGUAGCGACUUUGUACAAUUUGGUACAAUCUAGUCCUACAAUAUAACUUUUGUCACUUGUGCUAAUAUAGUCAUUACAGAAGAAAAAAAAUAAGAAGAAAAAGCAGUCUGAAUGGAUCUUCUCAAAGCUUUUACAAUUACAUCAGUUUGUUAAUACUUGUUACUAAUUUGGUCACGUGAAUAAUUUUUUUAAACGUUAUAAUUUUCAUAUACUAUUUAUUUAAAAUAAUGACUUAUUUUGACGUAAAUACCAUCAAAGUGCAAUUAGAAAAUAAUCGGUUGUUAAUAAUCCGUUCAUACUCUUUUUCAUGCAGUAUAAUAAACGUGCGCCAAAGCGAGUUGACUAUACUAAUACUGUAAAAAUUAUAUAAAUACAAGUGCUAUCAGCUUAGCUAAAAGCAAAUUUGUAAAUAUUCUACACUCCAUUUACAUCGUUGGUUUCUGUAUGAUCAAUACUAUGCAUCAUGUACUCAUUUGCGUUUGUUCUUGUACUGCAUGUUUUUACAGUCUUAUUGAAUGUUGAAAAUUGUCAAGUUGAUACAGUUGCUGGUCAAUAUACAACUUGGAUAAUCUAUUACUAUUACAAAAAAUACUAUCCAGCCUGUAUAUGAAAAUACAAUAAAAUUUCAAACAGAUUAAAAAUGUAAACAUUAUUUGAACUUUAAUUCUAAAUAGUUCUUGUACCAAAAUUGAUGUAUAUUUUUGAUCACAUUCAAAUGGAGCUAUCU